GACAUCAAUGCUUUCUCCACUCAUUUCCUAAGAAACCACUCAUUAGUCAACCACCGCCCAAAUUUAGCAUUCAUAUAUAUUGGAUAACACAUAACACAACCAUCACCACAUCACAUAUAAUAUUUUUCUUAUGAUGAAUUUGUAAUUAUAUUAUUACACACAUAUAUAUAUAGUUGAGGAAUAAAACAAAGGCUCUCAUAUCAAAGCAGACACAGCUAGCUAUUCACAAUGGCCCUGCGGGUUCAUUUCUCAAUAGUUUCCAUAGCGGUUUUGGCUCUAUGCACUUCUGCAGAUUACUUUUCGGCUAAUUUUAGCUAUGCUGGUCCAAAUGGACCUGAGUACUGGGGAAGCUUGAGUCCAUCUUAUGCAGCAUGCUCACAUGGGAAAUCUCAGAGUCCUGUGGAACUUAUGAAGACUGAUAUUGUCAUCAACAAGCAGUUGAAGAAUCUAAACAGAAACUACCUUCCUACCAAUGCCACACUUGUUGACAACAUAUUCAACAUUGGGGUGCACUUUGAAGGAAAAGUAGGGGAUAUUAAUAUAAAUGGAAAAAAUUACUCCUUAAAACAAUUGCACUGGCAUUCUCCAUCAGAGCACAUGGCAAAUGGUCGUAUACAUGACGCGGAGCUCCAUCUAGUCCACCUGACCGAAGAUAAUUACAACAUAGCAGUUGUGGCAGUGCUCUACAAAUUGGGUGAUCCAGACCCUCUCAUAUCCCAGUUUGAAGACAAGUUGGUUGAUUUAGAGAAGGAGAUUCGUGCAGGCAAUAAGGAUGCCCAAAUUGCAAUUGGCACCUUUGAUGUAGAAGAGAUAAACAGAAGCAGCCAUAGGUAUUAUAGAUAUGUUGGCUCUCUUACCACUCCACCGUGCAAAGAGGGUGUCACUUGGAACAUUCUAGGCAAGUUAAGGACGCUAUCCAAGAAACAACUAGAGCUCCUUAAGGCACCAUUGGGCCCAGAGUUUAAGCACAACGCAAGGCCUCUUCAGCAAUUGAAUGGACGUAAAAUUCAGAUGUACUAUCACCCCAACCACCUGCAUGGUUCGCAUGCAACACCAUCCAAGUAUCAUAAAUAAAUUGCUUGAUGAUGAUCAUACUGGUUUUGCAUCAGAAAAUAUUGGGUUUGAUCGGCUAGUACACAAUGCUAGUGCCUAUUUGAUUUAGUUUAUUCUUAAAAAAUAAUUAUUUUUUUAUCAA